GGUACAGUUUUAGCAUUGGAAGCACAAGAGCAGCUAGCAAGGCCUCCAUGUCCAUGGACAUCGAUGUCAAUGAUGUCGCGGAAGAGGAGGUGUCGACGUGGGGAAAAUGCCCGCAGAUGUACCUCUCGUACGGCACCGCCACUCGCAACGACCGGCUCCCGAUGCUGAAGGACGCCGUCGCCGCCGUGAAGUCGUUCACGGUGCUGUCCCCGCCGAUGGGACUUGAUUUUUUCGGGGUCUUCGACGGGAUCUUGGGCGCCAUGUACGCCAAGCACAUGGGAGAGCGGCUGCACGUCGUCGUCGCUGAGAAGAUUAAGCGGGACCUGCUCGCCCAGGCCCCGCGGGCUCAAAACGACGUCGAGGGCUGGUGGAAGACAGUCAUCGUGGACGCUGUCCGCGUGGUGGACAAAGAGGUGCUCAUCGGUGGCGGUAGUGGCAUCGAUGCUCCUGCGCGCGUCGGCCCCGGGGCUCUCGUCGUGCUGGUUCUCGAAGACUACUUCGUGCUCGCCAACCGCGGCGCUUCUAGGGCCGUGAUCUACCGCGGCUAUGAGGCCGUGCCGCUCACCCCCGAGCACGCGCCUAUGCCACAAAAUGGAGGAGGUGAUGUGGUUGGAUCUACCAGCAGACUUGAAGCCAUUAUGCGUCGUCACGCUUUUCGGAGCUCAAAGUCUAGAGCUACUGUCCGUAGGCUUGCUGUCCCGGAUCCUGAGGUCGUCGCGGUGAAGCGGAAGCCAGGGGACAAGUUCCUGAUCCUGGCCACCCGUGGGCUCUGGGACGUCGUCGCUCCAAGCGACGCGUGCGCCUUCAUCGAGAGAAGAUUGAGCGUGCCACGGAUCAUCAGGGAGUGGGACAAGAAGCCAACAAACAAUAGCGGCCCUCCCUAUGCGAAGGCACUUGCCAAUGAGUUGGCCGCGCACGCGAUCAGCAAGGGCACCAAGUGCAACGUGAACAUCAUCCUCAUACUGCUCAAGAAUUUUUGGGAUCUUCCCUGAACUUCUAAGAAGUGAUUUUGGUUUUCCAUGCUUGUCGUCGUUCUUAUCAUCUUCCAGUUGUGGUAUGGACACUUUGUUGUUGUCUUAAUGAUUGCUAAGGGGAGUUUCCAAUAGGUUUGUUGAGAUUUUUCUUGUAGCUAUUUCAACAUGGAUCGUCGUUAAGACUACCUAUGUCUUACUUUUUAAGAGAUAAUUUUCUAUCCAAGAAUUGAAGUAUUCGGUUUUUAA